AUGAUUAAACAUUGUAUAAAAUAUGCUUUUGAUACAGAAUGCAAUUCUCAUUCCAGCAUAGUGCCCAAGUAUUACCAACACUUCACAGCCUUGGUUUUUGCAGUAAAGGAGAUCAAUGAAAACCCUCAUAUCUUACCCAAUCUCACAUUGGGAUUCAACAUCUAUGACAGCCAUAACAAUGCAAGGAAGACCUAUUAUGCCACAAUGUUGCUUCUAUCAGCUCUGGAAAGAUUUAUCCCUAACUACAUAAAGAACAACCAGAAAAAUCUAAUUGCUGUCAUUGGGGGACUAGAUGCCCACAUUUCUUUUAACAUGGCAAAUCUCUUGAAUAACUAUAAGAUUCCGCAGCUCCAUCAUUUCCUCAGAAGUGUCUCCUUUAACAACAAUGCUGGAGACACAGUUUCCUUUGACCAGAAUGGGGAGAUAGUGGCUGGAUUUGAUGUGAUCAACUGGAUUGUUUUCCCAAACCAAUCAUUUCAUAGGGUGAAAGUUGGAAGGGUGGAUCCUAACCAAGUGUUCACCAUCAAUGCGGAUGCCAUAACAUGGUACAGUGGGUUUAACCAGACCCAGCCACUUUCUUUAUGUAAUGAGAGGUGUCAUCCUGGCUUUAGGAAGAAAGUGAAGGACGGGAAACCAUUUUGCUGUUAUGAUUGCAUCCCAUGUCCUGAAGGGAAGAUUUCAGACCAGGAGGACAUGAAUGAUUGUAAUAAAUGCUCAGAAGAAGAAUAUCCAAACACAAAUCGGGAUAUGUGCAUUCCGAAGGAAAUAAGCUUCUUGUCUUUUGAAGAAACUUUGGGGAACAUUUUAGUCUGCUUUGUUCUUUCCUUUUCUUUGGUUACAGCUCUGGUGCUGUGGACAUUUCUAAAGCACCACAGCACACCCAUUGUCAAAGCCAACAAUCGGGACCUCACCUACACUCUCCUCAUUGCCCUUCUCUUCUGCUUCCUUUGUGCAUUGCUAUUCAUCGGAAAGCCUGAGAAGGUGACAUGCCUCCUCCGACAAACAACAUUUGGCAUCAUCUUCUCAGUAGCUGUUUCUUGCGUGUUAGCAAAAACCAUCACAGUAGUUCUGGCUUUUAUGGCCACCAAACCAGGAUCCAAGAUGAGGAAGUGGGUGGGGAAGAGAACAACCACUUCCAUCGUGGCUUCCAGCUCCCUUAUUCAAGCAGCUGUCUGUACUGUGUGGCUGGGAUUCUCACCCCCAUUCCCAGAUGUUGACACACACUCGUUGACUAAAGAAGUCGUACUAGAAUGCAACGAGGGAUCCGUGACUAUGUUUUACUGUGUCCUGGGCUACAUGGGCUUCCUGGCUAUUGUCAGCUUCACUGUGGCUUUCCUUGCCCGGAAGUUACCUGACAGUUUCAACGAAGCCAAGUUCAUCACUUUCAGCAUGCUGGUCUUUUGCAGUGUUUGGCUGUCCUUUAUUCCCUCCUACCUGAGCACCAAGGGAAAAUACAUGGUUGCUGUGGAGAUCUUUUCUAUCUUAGCCUCCAGUGCUGGUCUGCUGUGCUGCAUCUUUGCCCCCAAAUGCUACAUUAUUGUGUUACGGCCUGAGCUGAACAACAGGGAACAUCUAAUAAGAAAUAAGGCCUGA